GGUGCUGAGUGGGGUGAACCGCCACUCCACUGCCAUCGGGCGCAUCUGGCUCUCCGUCAUCUUCAUCUUCCGGAUAAUGGUGCUGGUGGUGGCAGCUGAGAGCGUCUGGGGGGACGAGAAAUCCGCCUUCACCUGCAACACCCAGCAGCCCGGCUGCAACAGCGUCUGCUACGACCACUUCUUCCCCCUCUCCCACAUCCGUCUGUGGGGCCCCGUGGCCUACCAGCAGCACCAGGAGAAGAAGCUGCUGGUGCUGACGGGGCACGCGGACCCCAAGCACAUGGAGGAGGUGAAGAAGCACAAGAUGCGCAUCUCGGGUUCGCUGUGGUGGACGUACGUCUGCAGCGUGGUCUUCAGGCUGCUCUUUGAGGCCGUGUUCAUGUACAUCUUCUACAUGCUCUACCCGGGCUACCAGAUGAUGCGGCUGGUCAAGUGCGAGGCUUACCCCUGCCCCAACACCGUCGACUGCUUCAUCUCCCGACCCACCGAGAAGACCAUCUUCACCGUCUUCAUGCUGGUCACCUCCAGCAUCUGCAUCAUCCUCAACAUGGCGGAGCUGGUCUACCUGGUGGUGCGGGCCUGUGCCCGCCGAGGCCAGCACAACUCCAACCCCCCGUCGGGGAAGGGCUCCUUCUACGGGCACAAGCUCUCCUCCGAGUACAAGCAGAAUGAGAUCAACCAGCUGCUGACGGAGCAGGACGGCUCCAUCAAGGACAUGCUGCGCCGCAACCCGGGGCUGCAGGAGAAGGGCGACCGCUGCUCUGCCUGCUAG